CUCGGAGCUGGGCAGAGCAGUUCUCAUUUCGGGACAUCGAGGGGUGUCAGCUGUGUGUCCUGCGCAGCGAUGGGGCCCGGGGGGAUGCCGGGGGCCGGGAGGCGCUGGGCUGGGGCUGUGCUGGUGACACUGGCGGUGCUGGGACCCCACGUGGCUCGUUGCACGGAGCCCCCAGAGCACUUCCUCUACCAGGUCAAGUCGGAGUGUCUCUACACCAACGGCACCCAGCGCGUGAGGCUUCUGGAGAGGUACGUCUGGAACCAGCAGGACUUCGUUCACUUCGACAGCGACGUGGGCGUGUACGUGGCCGACACGGAGCUGGGGGAGCCUGACGCCAAGUACUGGAACAGCCAGAAGGAGUGGAUGGAGGACAGACGGGGCUCAGUGGACAGGUUUUGCCGACACAACUACCAGACAGCGGAGCAAGGCCUUGUGGUGCACCGCAGCGCCAAGCCCAAGGUGAAAGUCUCCCCAACAAAAUCAGGGGCCCAGGCCCACCCAGACACACUGAUUUGCUCCGUGACGGGGUUUUAUCCUGGCGGGAUCGAGGUGAAAUGGUUGAAGAACGGGCAGGAGCAGACGGCUGGAGUGGUGUCCACGGAGCUGAUGCAGAACGGAGACUGGACCUUCCAGAUCCUGGUGAUGCUGGAAAUGACCCCCCGGAGCGGGGACGUCUACACCUGCCAAGUGGAGCACAGCAGUCUGCCGGGCCCCGUCACCGUGCUCUGGGAGGCGCAGUCAGACUCGGCCAGGAGCAAGAUGCUGACAGGGGUCGGGGGCUUCGUGUUGGGACUAAUCUUCCUGGCUCUGGGACUGCUCAUCUACCUGAGGAACAAGAAAGGCCGCCCCGUUCCCCAGCCAACAGGGCUCCUCAGUUAGAUCCUGCAGCUUCGCGGCCUGCAUUGCCCAGCGUGAUUCUCCAGCCCCAUCUCCUGGCACCUGUCCCUGUAUCUGGAGCUCUUCUCACUUUCCCUCUGUCCUCACCUGGACCCCUGGGGCUGAUUCCUCAGAAUUAACCCUUUAUCUGCCUACGCCUGAACCACAUCUGCACUCAGAAAUGCUACUGCUUUUGGGGGGACCUUCAUGGGACUCAUAUCUGAAACACGGGGAGUUGUAACAAGGCUGUUUGCAGCAGUUGUCACAGCCCUUUGGAUUGAGACUCCCGUGGGGCCCCAACUUAAGCUAAUAUGCCCAAGAAAGGACCAGUAUCACCCUCAGCCUGAGCGGUGGAAACAUGUUGUUAGGAAAGGACAGGAUGGAGGAGCCCAGCAAUACCCAGGGAACACAUGUCCUACCCUUGUGCCAGGGUGGUCCUGGGGGGGGGGUCUCUGAGCUUGUAGCCACCUCGUUGCAAUUGAGAUCUGGUAAGCCUGGCCUGGGGUCCCAGGUGUCCUGUGGGGCUGUUGGAGAGAAGCAGGUGAGGGGUGAAUCGGGUGCAUUGAAACAUGUGCUGGAGCUUGUGCUAUUUAAUUAUUCCUGCUACUGCUCUGGAUCACUCCUUUGGGAUGAAAAGGAGCAGGUUUCUGUCCUGCUGGGGGCGAUGGUGUUUCUGACCAAUAAAUUGUCUCACCAGUG